AUGGAUCAAUGGAACCAUCCCAAUCAUCAGAAUCAUCAAAACCUUCAAAGCCAUCCAAACCACCUGAAUCAGAAUCAAGCAGGAACAAUUAUAACUGCCAAUUCGCCUAUGUCUCAUUCCCACAUGGGACAUGUCCCGGUCAGUUUGUAUGAGACGUUUGAAACACACAACAGUAUCUUUCUACAGAAGGAAGAAGUUCAGUACAUCAUGAGACAAGUGACAGAUAGUGUUCGCUUUGCAAUGUGCGAAGCUAUUAGACAACGAUCUCUGCUCUGGGAUUCGUCUCGAGAGAAAUGUAGCUCAGCCGCUAGGAAAAGACUUUUCGGUGAAGUUGUAGAUGUCAUCAAUUCUCAAUUUGUAUUGAAUCCACCAAUAUCAAGUGAGUAA